AUGCCGUACCUCUCCAAGCAGGCCCUCUCGGGUCUCAAGCACUACCACUACAAGCCCGGUGGCUACACGAUCCUCGACAACUGGCAUCAGCCCCUCUGGAACUAUGCGGUGUCCUGCCUUCCCACCUGGCUGGCACCCAAUGUGAUCACCCUCAUCGGCUUGAGCUCGGUGAUGGUGGCCAACCUGAUCUCCGCCUACUACAGCCCCGACUUCCAGAACCCCGUCCCCACCUGGGUGUACUUUGCGAUGGCCUUUGCCGGCUUCUUCUACCUGCACAUGGACUGCCUGGACGGCAAGCAGGCACGGCGCACCGGCUCCUCCAGCCCCCUAGGCCAGCUGUUUGACCACGGCUGCGACUCGCUGGUGGUGCAGCUGGUGGUAUCCCAGCUGAUGGUCAGCCUGGGCAUGUCCCCCGACUGGCGCCUGGUGCUGGGCAACCUGGUGGUCUUCACGCCCUUUGUGCUGGCGCACUGGGAGGAGUACCACACCGGGCACAUGGUGUACGGCAACGGGCUGUGGGGCGUGACGGAGGCCAACUACGCGGUGGUGCUCCUGCACGCCGCCGCGGGGUUUGGGCGGGGGGUGGCCGCCUCGCACCUGGCCCAGAUCGCGAGCACCCUGGGCCUGGGCGCGGCGCUGGUGGCCCUGCCGGCCGGCGCGGGUGGGCCCGUGCGCCUGCGCAUGGCGGCCUUCGGCACCGCCUACGCGCUGCAGUUGACGCGCCUUAUCAUGGCGCACAUGGCCAAGGAGCCGUUCAGGGUGGCGGGCUGGCCCCUGGCCGCCAUGGGCCUGCAGAUCGUAGAGGACAAGACCUUUGGCCUGAAGAACAAGAGCAAGUCCAAGGUGGUACAAAAGUAUGUCCAGCAGAUCCAGGCUUCCCAGCAGCCCAGUCACAAACAGCAGCGCCUGGAGGAGCCAUCUCGAAAGGACAAGAAAAAGGCCGAGAUGGAGCGCCAGAAGGAGCUGGACGAGUUGUUCAUGCUGACCAUCAAGCAGCCCAAGCUCGGGGAAGGAGUGGACCCCAAGACCGUGCUGUGUGAGUUCCACCGCCACGGCAAGUGCACCAAGGGCUUCAAGUGCAAGUUCUCUCACGACCUGAACAUCGAGCGCAAGACGGCCAAGGCAGAUGUCUACUCCGACAACCGCGACGGCGCCGAUGGGGAGUCUGGGGGGAUGGGCGAGUGGGACAUGGAGCAGCUAGAAAAGGCAAUUGCUGAGAAGCAUGGGCUGGAGAACAAGAAUCGCCCCACCGCCAUCGUCUGCCGCUACUUCCUGGACGCCGUGGAGAAGAAGCAGUACGGCUGGUUCUGGCAAUGCCCCAACGGCAAGGAGUGCAAGUACAGACACGCCCUGCCUCCAGGCUACAUCAUGAAGUCUCAGAUGAAGGAGCUGCUGGAGGCCGAGGCAGCUAACCAACCGUCGGUGGAGGAGAUCAUCGAGGAGGAGCGUGCUAAGGUGGACGCCAAGACGCCCAUCAACAACGAGACGUUUCUGCAGUGGCGUGCUGGGAAGCAUGCCGUCAAGAUGCAGGCACAGGCGGAGAAGGAGGAGGAGCGACGAAGAAAGGGGCUCCUCACCGGCCGCGAGAUCUUCCAAGAGGAGGGCUUUGUGGCGGCAGACGACCUGGCUGCCGCAGACGAUUCCGGCUACCUGCGGGAGGUCGACGAGGAGGCAGAGUUCGCCCGGGCUUCAGCUGCGGCGCGCGAGAGAGCCGCCGCAGCUGCUGCCGCCGCCUCGGCUGGGGUUGGGCGCGCCGAGGAGGCGGGCCAGGGCACAACAGCGGCGGCCGGCGAGAAGCAGGGCGCCAUCGCGCCCGCUGCACCGCAGCUGAGCGCCAUGGGAAGUGAAACCUACACCUCUGGCGAAUCGGAGGACUGGCCAAACAUCCCUGGCCCAGGGCUCUCACUCUCCUUUGGGGGCUCGAGCGCCCCGUCCAGCGACCUGGAGGAGGAUGAGGGUGAGGAGCUGGAAAGCAACCCUGUGGGAGCCGAGGCAGACCCCUCCCAAGCUGGCCGCGACGGCCCCACAGGUCCCGCCAGCCCGGCACCCGGCCCCGCGGAGCAGGGCCGCAAGGUCCCCGCCUCCUUCCUGAGGGCCUGGGUGCCUGGCGUGGUGCAGGCAAUGGGCGACCGGGUGCAGAGCCUGCUGGCGCCGCCCCGCGAGGGCAACCCCGGGACGACCCGACCGGACCGGGGCAGGGCCCCCUUCAACCCCAUGCUCCUCUCGCGCCCGGGAAUGCUGCGGGUGCCCCUGAUGACUCAUCAGCGGCUGGCGCUGGGCUGGAUGGUGGCGCGGGAGACCCGCGGGUGCCUGCCGAUGGGCGGAAUGCUGGCGGAUGACCAGGGAGUGGGCAAGACGCUGACCACCAUCGCCCUCAUCAUCGCCGCCCCACCGACGCACACCGCCCGCCGAUCCGCAUCCCCUUUGGAAAGGGGGAGCGCGGCGCGGGAGAGAGCGGGCGGGGAAGAGCAUCCUGCAGGGUCCAGUGCCCUCCUCGUCAAGGAGGAAGGGGUACAACAUGCGGACAUCCAGGACGGCGCGGGCCUUCCCGGGAGGAGGCAGGGCAAGGAGCCGGUGUGCCUGGACCUGACGGCGGGUGGGGCCGGCAGGGCCUUGACCCCGGUCAAGCGGGAGCCCUUCCCGGCAAGGGGCUCCCCCUCGCUGCGGGGGGAGGUGAUCGAGGUCGACCUGCUGGGUGACAGCGACGACGCCGGACCCUCGGCGCCGCCGCCGGGCGUUGCUCGGGGGAAGACCGUGCUGUGGACGCCGGAAAGGGAGGAUGCGGAGCCGCCGCCAGAGGUCCUGCACGGAGGCACCCUCGUGGUGUGCCCCACCUCCGUCCUGCACCAGUGGGCGGCAGAGAUCAAGAGCAAGACGACCCCGGAGGCGGGGCUCACAGUGCACAUCUACCAUGGCCCAGGCAAGCGCGUGCUGCGGCGGGAGCUGGCGUCCUACAGCGUGGUCCUCACCACCUACCACAGCAUGACGCACGAGAGCCCCACCCGCUGCGUCGUGGCGGCGCGCCAGGCUGGAAAGCGCGGCCGCGACGGCGAUGAGCAGGUGGUGAGGCGGCCCGGCGGGGACCUGUUUGCCAUCCGCUGGCACCGGCUGGUGCUGGACGAGGGGCAGUGCAUCAAGAACGCCAAGACGCUGACGGCGCACGCGGCCUGUGCCCUGAGGGCGCGCUGUCGCUGGUGCCUCUCCGGCACCCCCAUCCAGAACUCCAUCAACGACCUCUUCUCCUACUUCAAGUUCCUGCGGUAUCACCCCUACGACCAGUUGAAGACCUUCCAGGCAUUCAUCAAGGAGACGGUGCAGCCCGAGAACGGCGCCAGGGCUCCGCGGCACCUCCACGCCAUCCUCCAGCCUGUCCUGCUGCGGCGGACCAAGCGCACCAUCAUCGACGGCAGGCCGCUGCUGUCGCUGCCCGAAAAGCGCAUCGAGCUGACGACGCUGACCUUCUCCAAACAGGAGGAGGAGUUUUAUCAGCAGCUCGAGGCGGAAGCCAAGACCGAGUUUCAGAGGGCUCAAAGCGAGGCGGAUCCGACGCGCUUCAAUGUGCUGAGCAUGCUGCAGCAGCUGCUGCGCCUGCGCCAGGCCUGCGACCACCCCCAGCUCGUGCGCAACGCGCGCUCCGACUUCGCCACAUACACGCCGGAGGAGAAAGCGGCUGCCGUGCGACUGACCAGCGAGAAGAGGCUUGCCCUCGUCGAGCUGCUGUCACAUGGGCCUCACGAGUGCACCAUCUGCCACGACCUGGCCGAGUGCCCGGUGGCGUCGGGGUGCGGCCACGUCUUCUGCAGCCAGUGCAUCGCCAGCAAGGUGACGGAGGCCGGCCAUGGCCACGCAGAGAGGGAGCUAGCGUAUCACUGCCCCCAGUGCGGCAGCGUGCUGGGCGAGCGCGACGCACACUCCCUGGCGGCGCUGCUCCAGGCGCGGGCGGAGGUGGAGGGCACUGCGCCCGAGGCGGCACUGCCCGCCACCGAGGCCCAGAUCGCAUCUGCCGCCUGGAGAGCCGCUGUCGCCCAGCCGCACAGCGCCAAGAUCCGGGCGGUGAUGCGCUACCUACACCGAGUGCUGCGCGCUGGCAGCCCUGCAGUCCUGAGACUGGAGCCCAAGUUCAAGGAGCAGGACGUGUGGGAUCUCUUCCCGCCCUCCGCGCCAAAAGCCGAAAAGGAGGCCGCCGAGCGGGACAAGGUCAUCAUCUUCAGCCAGUGGACGUCCAUGCUCAACCUGCUGGAGGGGCCUCUGAAAAUUUCAGCCUUCCGGUUUGAGCGCCUGGACGGCACCAUGUCGGUCGAUGCGCGGGCAGCCGCCAUCGCCAAGUUCUCUGCCGAUCCUGAAACUGAGAUCAUGCUUAUCUCACUGAAAGCUGCCUCCCUGGGAGUCAACCUGACCUGCGCCAACCACGUCAUCGUGGAGGAGCAGGCCAUCGACAGGGCUCACCGGAUCGGUCAGACCCGGACGCUGCACGUCAUUCGCUACCUGGUGAAAGGCACGCCUGUGGCGGUGGACACCAUCGAGUUCCGAAUGCUGGAGCUACAGAACAAGAAGCGGGCCCUGGUGGCGGCGAGCUUUGGGGAGGACGCCUCUGGCGAGGCGGCGGGACUCAACAUGCGACUCACCGCGGCCGACAUCAUGCAGCUGUUUGCCUCGCUUCGGCCAGGGUACUAG